GGUUGUCAUAAGUGGUAACAUGACCUGCAAAAUUUAAGACAAAUUUUUAUUUAAUUGUUAUUAUAGUAGGUUAUAAUAAACUGCAAAUUUAUAAUAAUUUUAAAUUAAACAUUCAACUAUAAUAACAAGGAAUGAUAGUGUAGGUAAGAGUGAAAAUAUACUAUUUUAACCCCUUUGUUCUGUAGGAAGGAAACAUUUAAUUUCACUGCUGGUAAUUGCACACAAGAAACUAAUUUUCUGAACUAAAAUUUAAUUAUAUCAAUAAAAGUGAUAUGAUGGAAAUGGCUAGCAGCGAUUUUCCCACUGUGAGUCUUUUACCAAAAAAAGAAACUGGGCUGACAUCUUUUCUUUCAAAAUAUCCAAAUUAUGAUGGCAGAGGAAUUGUAAUUGCAAUAUUGGAUUCAGGAAUUGAUCCUGGAGCACCUGGAUUAAAGGUAACAUCUGAUGGUAAAGUUAAGAUUGUAGAAAGGUUCGAUUGUAGUGGCUGUGGGGAUGUAAAUACCACUACAAAAGUUACCCCCAUUGAUGGUUUCAUUACGGGACUCACAGGAAAAAAAUUACAGAUUCCUGCAACAUGGACAAAUCCUGAUAAUACAUACAGAAUAGGAGUAAAACAUGCAUUCGAUCUUUAUCCUGACAGACUAAAAGAUCGUGUAAAAGCAGAAUAUAAGAAAAAGAGUUGGGAAUUACACCAUAGAGAAGUAUUAAGUGAGGUUUCCAGAAACUUGUCUUCAUUUGAAGCAAAACAUCAAAAUAAGACACUCAUCGAUGUUGAAAAACUAGAAAAAGAAAAUAUAGAAACCAUGCAAGAUAUUCUAGUUAAUUUUGAUAAAAAAUACAAUGAUGUAGGACCUGUCUAUGACUGCAUUCUUUUCCAUAAUGGCCAACAUUGGAUGUGUUGUGUAGAUACAUCAGACGAUGGUGAUUUAUCAAAAUGUCCUCUACUUGGUGAAUACAGUGUCACUCAUGAAUUCGCACCAUUAACAGAGACAGAUAAUUUAAAUUUUAGUGUAAAUGUCCAUGAAAAUGGAGAUGUAUUGGAGUUAGUAGGGGUUUGUUCAAGCCAUGGAACUCACGUAGCUUCAAUAGCAACAGCCUAUUUCCCAGAUUCUCCUGAAGAAAAUGGCAUUGCCCCAGGUGCACAAGUUAUAUCUUUAACAAUAGGAGAUGGCAGGCUAGGCUCAAUGGAAACAGGUACAGCUCUUAUUAGAUCUAUGAUCAAAGUUAUUGAGCUAAAGCAAACAAAGAAUCUAAAUAUACAGGUUAUUAAUAUGAGUUACGGAGAACAUGCACAUUGGGUGGAUGCAGGACGAAUCGGUGAUUUAAUCAAUGAAAUAGUAAACAAAUACGGAAUUACGUGGGUUUCAUCAGCUGGCAACCAUGGUCCAGCUUUAAAUACAAUUAGUACGCCCUCAGAUGUGCUCAAUGAACCAAUUAUCAGUGUAGGUGCUUAUGUAUCACCUGAUAUGAUGUUAGCAGAAUACGCUAUGAGGCAGAAAUUGCCAGGUACUCCUUAUACUUGGUCUUCCAGAGGUCCAACCAUUGAUGGAGGAAUAGGAGUUCAUGUUUGUGCACCUGGUGGUGCAAUCACUUCCGUACCGAACUGUACUUUACGGUACUCCCAACUAAUGAAUGGUACUUCCAUGGCCUCACCGCAUGCAGCUGGAGUAGUUUGUGUUCUGUUGUCAGGAUUAACACAACAAAAAAUACCAUUUUCUCCCUACAUUGUUCGCAGAGCAUUGGAAAAUACAGCGAAACAUUUAGAUGGAAUUGAAAUACCUGCUCAAGGGAGUGGGCUAAUACAGACAGAAAAAGCGUAUGAUUACCUUAUGAACUUCCAUGGAGAAAAUGACAGAAAUAUUAGGUUUCAAGUGCAAUGCGGUUCGAAUAAUUCAAAAGGAAUAUAUAUUCGGUCAAAGGUACAUACUCAGUCUCAGUCGUUUAAAAUUAGUGUUGAGCCACAGUUUUUAAACUCUGAGGAGGUUCCAGCACAUCAUAAGAUUUAUUAUAACCAAAAAUUUGUCUUAACUUGUGGCGCUGAGUAUGUCAGUUAUCCUACUCACCUAGAUUUAUCAAACGUCGCGAGAAUGUUCGCCAUAAAAGUUGACACUUCUGGCCUACGUGAAGGCUUGCAUUGUACUGAGCUAAGUGGAUAUGAUGUGAAAUGUAUAGAGAAAGGUCCUCUUUUUAAAAUACCUAUAACCAUAAUCCAACCAAUUGAAGUUAAGCCGCCUAAGUAUCAAUUCGGUGUUAAUAAUGUUCGCUUUGAACCAAAUACGAUCAAACGGCACUACAUUACGGUGCCAAAGACAGCUACCUGGGCAGUAUUGAAACUCCUAUCAGAUGAAGAUACAGGAAGAUUUGUUAUUCAUGCUUCACAGCUUGUCCCUAAACAAUACUGUAAAGCAUUGGAAAUCAACAAAACGAUAGCAGUUACUUCCAAAUGUGAAACAAUAUUAAAUUUCCCUGUGCGAGAAGAUCUCAUUCUUGAAUUAGUUAUAGCGAAAUACUGGGCCAACGUAGGGGAAGCUCAUUUAGACUAUUCGAUCUCUUUCUGGGGCGUCAAACCAAAUCAGCCUGCAGUGACAAUGCAUUCAGCUGAUGGAAUUCAUACUGUGGAAGUGAAGACUCUCCAAGGGGAAGAUAUUGCACCUUCGAUCAAUAUAAAAGCUGCCGUCCAGAUUGUCAAACCUACAGAAGGAAAAAUAAUGCCAUUGACUCUAAGGGAUGUAAUUCCUCCAUCUAGACAAAUAUAUGAGCUGGUUUUGGUCUAUAAUUUCAAUUUAUCAAAACAGUGUGAAAUAUCUCCAAAUUUAUCGUUAUUGAGUCAAAUGUUGUAUGAAUCCGAGUUUGAAUCCCAGUUUUGGAUGCUGUAUGACUCCAAUAAGCAACUACUUGGCUGUGGUGAUGCCUACCCUGACAAAUACUCUGUUAAGCUAGAAAAAGGUGACUAUACUAUAAGACUGCAAGUUAGACAUGAUAAAAGAGAUUAUUUAGAGAAAUUAAAUGACGCUCCCGUGCUGCUUGUGCAAAAAUUAAGCAGCCAAAUUGGAAUGGACGUUUACUUAUCGUAUACACAAGCUUUACUUUGCGGAAAGAAGGCCGGUGUUACAAAUAACUCUAAUCCAUAUAUUCCUAUUCCUCUGUAUAUAGCUCCUUUAUCACCUGAUAAGUAUUCCUCAAAAUCAAAUAAUGCGGCUCACUAUUUGACUGGAACAAUAACGUAUGCUAAAGACGAAUUGGGAAAGAAAGCUGAUGUUUAUCCCUUUAAGUACAUUUUGACUGAAAACAAUUCCAAAAAAUCAAGCUCAAGCAAUGGGAAUGGUUCUGAUAAAACUAAGCUUGAAGAAUUUAAGGAAGUAAUGAGAGACACCAAAACUCAGUGGCUGUCUAAAUUGGAUGCCGCUUCCGCUGAGCCAAUAUAUACAGAUCUCUUGCGGAGAUAUCCGGACCACGUUCUCAUAAAUUCCGUAUACUUACAAGUUAUAGAUCCCUUAGACAAAAGAGUAAUGCCUAGUUUGAGCCAGAAGACGACUAGUUCUGUUAAAGAUCUUGAUAAAGUAAUAACUGUGUGUAAUACGGCUUUAUCCGGCAUGGAUGCCAAUAAUAUUUUAGCUUUUAUGGCUAUGAAGACUGAUUUGAGGCCAGAUGCGGCAAAAAUUAAAAAUACCAUGGAACAACAGAAAAAUAUUUAUCUAGAAUGUAUAGCACGGAAAGGGAUAGCUUUGUGUCGACUCAUUUUGUGCGAGACUGAAACAGCUGAAGCCAACAGGGAAGAACUAGCUGAAGUAUGGAAAACUUUAGUUAAAUUUGUUGAUCCUACUGAUGCAAAGGUAUUAACAAGCCACGUCCAAUAUUUUGCAAUCUGGCAUGCAUUUUUAUACAAUCAAUACGGUAGAUUAUUGAAACAUUUAUUGAAAAUGCAAGAAGACAAACCAACCGAAGAAGUGGAAAAGAAAAUUAUUGAGUUUUGCGAAGAACUGAAGUGGUCACACGUUGUUAAAUAUUUGAAAAGAACUUUACCGUCAAAGUUCCCUUCUGCAUACAAACCAUUUUAAACUUUAAAAAUACCACAAGAAAUUCUUCGUUUUCUUCUUCUUCGUCUUCAUUUUACGUUUCUUGACAAUUCCUUUGAGCGAACCUAUUAGCAAGCAUAAAUCAUGAAAAAUAAAAACAGACACCUAAUUUGAGUUUUAGUGGUUGACUUUUUACAAGAAUAUUUUUCUGAAUGGAGGGGUGAAAGAAAUAAUACCUUUUUUGCGAAUAUUCCUUUUUAUUUAUUUACAACUGAAAAUUUAUCAACGUUGGAGAUUCGUAUUAAAAAAUAGAACGAAACUUUUUUCUCUUUCUUGUGGUAAAUGAAAGUGGAGUAAUUAUCAUUUGCAUUUUUUGUUAGUGUUUAAAUUUUAAAGAAUAUGUACCUGCUAAAUCAAAAGUAGAAGCACAUAAUAGAUGUACAUGAAUUGAAUUGUAUAUAAUUGAAUUUAUAUAUAUUGAAUAAUUGAUUAUGUCGUAUAAAAUUUUGAAAUAAAUAAAAUAUACCUAUCUGUUUUAAAAAGUGAUACAGAAAAGAGUUAAAUAGAAAAAUGUGAUGAUUAUAACUCAAUUUUGUAAAAUUUGUUUAAGAAAUAUAGAAUUACAGAAACGAAGAAAAACUAAAUCUUUAAUUAUUGCAAAUUUGCGUUAUUUACAAUUAAUUUAAUUUUGUAUUAUCACUAAAGGUGCUAUUUAGUGAAUUUAAAUUGAUAAUAUCGAGAAAACCUUAUAAACCUUAUUAAAAAAUAAUUUUUUUACUUUUUGGAAGGAAUGCCCUUUUUAUUUAAUUAAUAUACUCUCUAAUUAAUGUUAUUUAUCUAUUAAAUUUCUUUCUGUAUCUUCUCUCAGAACGAUGAUAUCUAGACGGAGUCUAAAUGCAUAAUGCGUGUAUGAUUUUUACCUGUUUCUUUUUACUAUAUUUAUUUUUACACAUAUUAAGUAAUCAUCUUAGCAGGUUUGUGUUCUUCUGUCUUGUAACAAAAGAUAAGUUACGGGUAUGAUAUGUACCUUUCAUUUGUGUUAUUUUUUAAUAGUUUUAGCUAUAUUAUAAUAAAUUAUACCUUUUAACUUA